GCCCUCUGACGUAGGAGCGCCAAGCUCCUCAUCAGCGCCCGGCAGCCCGCUGACAGCUGAUGCAAACCGGCUCCCGGUGAGGACGAAGCGGACGAGCGGCAGACGCUACGCAACGCAACUUUCAGAAACGGUUUUUAGACCAUGGUGGUUAACUAAAAAGAGAAAAACUAAGAUGGCACAGAAAGACACGCUGCUACAUCUAUUCGCCGGGGGGUGUAGUGGCACAGUGGGGGCCAUCAUGACUUGCCCACUUGAGGUAUUGAAGACGCGGUUGCAGUCUUCUGGCCUGACCCUCCGCCCCGUCUUCCAAGUCCAGCUCGGCACCCUUAGUGGUACUGGGGUUAUUCGACCUGGCGCCGUGACACCAGGGUUGCUGCAAGUUCUGCGGUCUAUUCUUGAAAAAGAGGGACCCAGAUCUCUUUUCCGUGGGUUGGGGCCAAAUCUUGUUGGUGUUGCCCCUUCAAGAGCCAUUUACUUUGCUGCAUACUCAAAGUCUAAAGAGGUCUUCAAUGGGCUCCUUGUCCCUAACAGUGGAUUGGUCCACAUGUCCUCUGCAGGUGUUGCAGCCUUUGUUACCAACUCUCUGAUGAACCCUAUCUGGAUGGUCAAGACCAGGAUGCAGCUGGAGAAAAAAGCCAAAGGAGAGAAAAAGAUGAACGCGCUGCAGUGUGCUCGUUACGUUUACAAAACCGAGGGAGUCCGGGGUUUUUACCGAGGCCUGACUGCGUCCUACGCCGGCAUCUCCGAGACCAUGAUCUGCUUCCUCAUCUACGAAACACUGAAGAAACACCUCGCCAGAAAUCAGUUCAGCUCUCCAAACAGCCAAAAUGAGAAGGGAGCAUCCGACUUCCUCAGGCUGAUGAUGGCAGCCGCUUUUUCCAAGGGCUGUGCCUCCUGUGUAGCUUAUCCUCACGAGGUCAUCCGGACACGGCUGCGGGAGGAAGGCAGCAAGUACAAGUACUUCUUCCAGACGGGCCGGUUGAUAGCUGUGGAGGAAGGAUAUGCAGCUUUUUACAGAGGACUCAUUCCCCAGCUUAUCAGACAAAUCCCAAAUACGGCCAUUGUCCUGUCCAGCUACGAACUCAUCAUCCAUCUGCUGGGAGAUUCCAAGUGAAAGCAAAGCAAUGGAAAGUUUGGACUUGAAAGCAGAAGAUGUCACUUGAAGCUUGAGGCACAACGGGUGGAAGAACUGUAAAAGCGCAUCUGACGCAUAUCCUUGGUGCAGUGCUCUAAAGUGAUAAAAAAGCAGCUUGUAGUGUUGCCCAAAGAGCGGUUCAACUUAUUUAAUUCAAAGCUUGUGAGGAGUUCAUCAAAACAAUGCACAAAGUUAUGAAAAAAAUAAUGAAACUCCAAACCUGUGGAAAAGGAAAAAAGGUCAUCUUUGUGGAAUACUAAUUUUAAGUUAAGUAAAUUAUUUUUGUUUUGUUAUUUUACAUUUGUUUCCUUUAUAUUGUUGUUCCAAAACUGAGAAGGCUUUUUAAGCUGAAGAAGAGUUGUUGUUCAGAUGAAGUUGUAGCAACUGUGCUGUUUUCGGCAUUUUCAUAUCUACGUAGACUACUUGUACGUUUAGGUUAUGCAACCUUUUGGGUUUGAGGUACAGAUAUUUAUCAUAUUUUUCCAUAAACAUACAUAUCUACAGGCUCAUCUGUAUUUUCAUGAGAGAGAGAGAUUACUUUUUUGCAGUUUUGGAAACCGGAUGCUGCUCAAUAAAAUCUGUAAAAGUGCUUCAAA